AUGAAGGUUCUUGAGACUGUUGCCUGCGCCGCCGCGCUGGUUUCUCUUGCGGCCGCCGAUUGGCAGUUCAAGUCUCGAACGGAUCUGGCGCCACCUCGGCUGAACAUCACGAUCCCGGCUACUAAGGAUGUCGAAAAGGGCUUUCUUUUUGUGGCACCUUUCCCUGGCCAAUGGACAGAGCCUCAGUUCCAUGGACCACGCCAGGAGGGCCCGUACAUUUUCCGCGAUGACGGUGAACUCGUGUGGUCCGGGUACACGUACUAUUCCAUCUGGGCAGCCAACUUCCAGGCUGCUAAAUGGAAGGGACAUGACGUUCUGUUCAGCUUCGAAGGUGAUCAUAAUCCUGCGUAUGGUCACGGUCAUGGUCAUGCCACCAUUCUGAAUCAGCGCUAUGAGACCAUUCGUGAGCUGCGUGCGGGUAACCAUAAACUCAUGGAUAAGCACGAGUUCCAUGUUAUUGAUGAAAAGACCGCGCUUCUCCAGGUCUACCAGCCUAUUCCGACCAAUCUCAGUCGUUGGGGUGGUAGUCCGGAGCAGCAGUGGAUUGUAGAUGCCAUCUUCCAAGAACUGAACAUUGAAACUGGCGAGUUGCUCUUUGAGUGGUCGAGUCUUGAGCAUGUCUCCCCUGAUGAGGCUGUUCUCCCGCUCAAUCCUGGCCAGGCGGGUGCGGGAUAUAAUUCCUCUGAUGCAUGGGACUAUUUCCAUAUCAACUCUGUCGACAAGGACGCCGAGGGCAACUAUCUAAUUUCUGCUCGUGACGCAUGUGCAGUGCAUAAGAUCAAUGGUACAACUGGCGAGAUCAUUUGGCGCCUGGGAGGUCUCCAGUCGGACUUUGAACUUGGUCCCAACGUGCAGUUCUGCUUCCAGCAUCACGCCCGUUUCAUUGAAAGGACCGGCGACGAAGAGAUCAUUUCUUUGUUUGACAACUCCGCUCACGGUACUGAAAACCAUCGCGGCCAUGAAGUCCAUACCCAUCCAUUUUCCCAGGGCAAGAUCAUCUCUGUCAACACAGCCGACUGGACCGCCCAAAUUGUGCAAGCAUUUCAGCCUCCAGAUGGCCUGCUUGCUAAAUCCCAGGGCAGCACUCAACUUCUCCCCAAUGGCAAUGUCCUGGUCAACUGGGGCUCUGAAGGAGCUAUGACCGAGUUCAAGUCUGAUGGUACUCCGAUCUUCCACGCGUACAUGGACUCUGGUCUGCUCAGUGAAGGUGUCGAGAACUACCGAGCCUUUCGGUACAACUGGACAGGCUAUCCCACAGAGGAGCCUGCCAUUGUUGCCGAGAAGACUUCUUUGGGUACUGAGCUGUACGUAUCGUGGAAUGGUGACACAGAGACUUCCGCCUGGAGAUUCUAUGCCGUGACUGACAAGUAUGGCUCUCGGUCAUUCUUGGGCGAAGCGAAGCGCCAGGGAUUCGAAACAUCUUUCUUCGUAUCCGGUCACUCCUAUGAUCAUGUUGCCGCGGAAGCCAUAUCUGCUCAUGGCCGUGUUCUGAGGACGACGCAAGCGGUCCAUCCGCAGGAACAAGUCCUCCCUCCCGGUUCUGUUCUGCUCUCUGCGGAAUCUUUGGAUCGCGAGAACUGGAGGCAGGUUGUCCUGCAAGCCUAG